UUCCCCAUGAAACAUGAAAGUCCGACUCGCUCUACUGUUCCCUCCUUCCUCUUCUUCCCUAAAAAAUAUAAAAGAAAAAAAAAAAAAAACCUAACCAAACUUCUUUUCUUUUGAGAAUUUUACAAUGCUAAAAUCCCCACUUUUUCUCUCUAUCAAUUGCACUGCUAUUGCAUCCCUUGAGAAACCCACUUCAACAACCUCUUACCUCUUUGUUCUUCUUUCGUUUCAUUAGUUUAUAUGAAAUCAUCAAAUUCCAACCUUUUUAUUUCAUUUCUAAACUCAAUUUUGUUCAUUACCCAUGUCGAUUUUGAUCCUCUUCUUCCUGUAUUAUUCAUCAAGUUUGCAUUUUGUUGUACAAAUUGAGAGAAUUUUAGCACUCCUCUCUUUUGUAAAUUCUGGGGUUUUUUUAUGAUGAAUCUGAAUAGUGUUUGUUUGUUGUAGAUUACUUUCUUUUUUGGUUUCAAUUUGGUUAAAAUUGGUAAUGGAGAACAGUGGAGAAGCAGUGGAUGAUCAGGGAUCAGGAUGGUUUCAAGUGAAAAAGAAGCAUAGAAGCAGCUCAAAGUUUUCAUUGCAUGGCUCGGCUGCAGGAUUUUCUGGAAAGAAUGGUUCCAGUUGUCAUAUUACCCAACCAUCAUCGAGUGAAAAAAACAGGAAUUUGUGUGGGAAGCAUGUAUCCCAUCAUUCAAAGGGAGGGCCAAAUCAUUCCAUAAAUGGUUGUGGCAACUCUGCUAACUCUUCUUCUGUGUCAAACCAAGAUGAAAACAGGGUGUUCCUGCCCCAUAAAUUAUUGGUUACACAACAUGGGGAAGAUAGUGGAUGUUCCAAGUUGUCGCCAGUGUCGAUUACCAAUUCUAAUGCCAAAGUUGGUGACACCCAGAAAAUGUUAUUGAAGGACAAGCCUGAUGUUCCAAAGAUCAAGUGGGGAGAUCUAGAGGAUGAUUUAUUGAUUCUGCAUGGUGAAAAUAAUUCUCAAGUGGUUAAAAAGUUUGUUGUUGAAGGAAAUAAUAAUUUGGUGGAUAGGAUGCCAGAGAAUAACUGUCAUUUUGUUUCACAUGUUUCUUCUUCUAGCAACCUUCAAGAAAACAGAUUGGUGGCCUCAUCAGUAAAUGUAGAUAUUUCUCCUGAUCAAACGUUUCCAUUCACUAAUAAAGAAGAUUUACAUGGAAAAAACAGUAAAGAUGUUAGUGAAACUUCAUCUCAAGACGUAGAGGUACCAAGUACAGAUGGCAGAAUGGUUGUUCCAAAUUAUCCACAAAAUUGCAAGGAAAAAAUCACUGAAAAUUCUAAAACAACAGAUGAUGAUUUUUCUUGUUCUACCCAUCCAUCUGGUGGAGACAGUGUGCGAGAGAUGAAACUUAAUGUUCCUGCUGGUGUGUCUGAGUUUCACGAGCUGAAGAUUUCUGAAUUAACAGUUAUGAGUACAACUUCAACAAUUAUUCCAUUGGACAGGGAGUUGCUUCUUACUGGAAGCGCUGCACCUGAAAUUUCUGAAUUACUAGUGGGAAAUGGGAAUUCAGGCACAGUGAUGAUUCCCCAGGACAGUGAGUUGCUUCCACCUGAAAAGACUAAUCUUGAAAUUUCUACUGAACCUGUUACAAAUAGCCACUCAACCACUGCAGUUAUCGCCAAGGAUAAUGAGUCACUUGCAUCUGAGAAGUAUGUACCUGAAAUAUCAGGAGAAGUUGCUGUUACUGCAUCUGUUGAUGACCCUCAGGGACCACCUGAUGUGGCACUGCACAAUGAGUUAUUUAAAGUCCACAGAACUGGCUUCCUUGGAGAAUGUGACACGGGUGAAAGCAAAGAAAGAUUUAGGGAACGACUUUGGUGCUUUCUGUUUGAGAAUCUCAACAGGGCUGUGGAUGAACUCUAUCUUCUUUGUGAGCUAGAAUGUGAUGUAGGACAGAUGAAAGAGGCCAUUCUUGUUCUUGAAGAAGCUGCAUCCGAUUUUAAAGAAUUGACUAGACGAGUACAGGAGUUUGAGAAUGUGAAAAGGUCCUCUCAUCAAUCGAUUGAUGUAAAAUGCUUGAAGUCUGAGCAUCACAGGCCACAUGCUAUGUCAUGGGAGGUUCGCAGAAUGACAACUUCAUCUCAGAGAGCUGAGAUACUAUCUUCAUCUUUGGAGGCUUUCAAGAAAAUUCAACAAGAAAGAGCUAACGUGCUUGCAGCUAAUAAUGCAAAAAUUAUGGGGCUUGAAUGCUCCAAUAGCCAUGAUGUAUCUGUUGAUCAUCUCAAUAAGUCUGCUGGGAAAAGUGAUGUAAUGCUCAGUGCCAAAGAUUCAGUGAUGAAGUCAAGGAAACAGAGUGGAGGUUCAUAUUCCACUCAAGGAAACCUGAAUAAUAAGAAGCAGAACAUUGACUUAGGCAGGUUCAAUAAAGUAAACUUUGUAAAAAAUGUUAAUGACGCUCCACGCAAUGUAUCUUCUUCCAGUGCCAAUUCAUCUAUGCUACUUUUCAGGGAUAACUCUGCCUCUGGUUUUGUGAAGGGCAUACAAGAAACUGAGGCAGACAUGCUGCUUCAUAAGAAAGAUAAAACAUUUUCAGAAACUGCCAUUGAGAAAAACCUUAAAUCUGCAGAAAAUACCACCAAGAAGCAGAUUCCUCUUUCUGAGAAAGACAAGGAAAGGAGAAAUUCAAGUGCAAGGAAAUCAAUGGAUGCAUGGAAAGAGAGGAGGAAUUGGGAGGACAUUCUCUCAUCUCCUUUCUGUGUCUCUUCUCGCUUAUCAAAUUCACCAGGCAUUAGCAGAAAAAGUGCUGAGCGUGCACGCAUUUUGCAUGCUAAACUAAUGUCUCCUGAUAAGAAGAAGAAAACUGCUUUUGAUCUGAAAAGGGAAGCAGAAGAAAAACAUGCACGGGCUAUGAGGAUCAGAAGCGAGCUGGAGAAUGAAAGGGUUCAAAAGCUUCAGCGCACCUCAGAAAAACUAAAUCGUGUAAAUGAAUGGCAGGCUGUACGCACUUUGAAGUUACGAGAAGGAAUGUAUGCCCGCCACCAGCGUAGUGAAUCUCGACAUGAAGCUUUUCUAGCUCAAGUUGUGAGGAGAGCUGGUGAUGAAAGCAGUAAGGUUAAUGAGGUUCGUUUCAUUACUUCCUUGAAUGAAGAAAACAAGAAGCUUAUGUUGCGUCAGAAACUUCACGAUUCAGAGUUGAGGAGAGCUGAAAAGCUUCAAGUGAUAAAAACUAAACAAAAAGAGGAUAUGGCUAGAGAGGAGGCUGUUUUAGAACGCAGAAAACUUAUUGAAGCUGAGAAGUUACAGCGUCUUGCUGAAACACAGCGAAAAAAGGAAGAGGCACAAGUUAGAAGGGAAGAGGAACGCAAAGCAUCAAAUGCAGCACGUGAAGCAAGGGCAAUCAUACAGCUUCGGAGGAGGGAGGAAAGAGCGAAAGCACAGCAAGAGGAAGCUGAGCUGUUGGCACAGAAAUUAGCUGAGAGACUUAGUGAAAGUGAACAGCGUCGCAAAUUUUACCUGGAGCAAAUAAGGGAGAGAGCUUCUAUGGAUUUCAGGGAUCAAUCUUCACCUUUAAUGCGCCGAUCAAUGUAUAAGGAGGGUCAAGGUCGAACAACACCAACCAAUAGCAGUGAAGAUUAUCAAGUAAACAAUGUUGCAGGGGCAGGAAGUUCUACUCUUGCUGCAGGAAAAGCAUUGUUGCAACAUUCAAUGAAACGGCGGAUUAAAAAGAUUCGGCAAAGACUUAUGGCUCUCAGAUAUGAGUUCACCGAGCCUCUAGCUAGUUCUGAGAAUACUAGCAUUGGGUAUAGAAUGGCUGUAGGAACUGCCAGAGCAAAAUUUGGGAGGUGGCUUCAAGAACUUCAAAGACUUCGGCAGGCAAGAAAAAAAGGUGCCGCAAGUAUUGUUCUAAUAACAGCUGAAAUGAUCAAGUUUGUGGAGGGUAAGGAUCCUGAGCUGCAAGCUUCUCAACAAGCUGGUCUGCUUGAUUUCAUUGCUGCUGCUCUGCCUGCCUCUCAUACAUCAAAUCCUGAAACUUGCCAGGUCACCAUACACCUCCUGAAACUUUUGAGGGUGGUACUCUCAGCGCCUGCAAACAGGAGUUACUUUCUGUCACAGAAUCUCUUACCCCCAAUCAUCCCCAUGCUGUCUGCAGCCCUUGAGAAUUAUAUAAAGAUUGCUGCAUCUUUAAAUGUCCCUGGGAGCACCAACUUGCAAUCAAGCAAAACAUCAGUUGAAAAUUUUGAAUCAAUCUCUGAAGUUCUCGAUAACUUCUUGUGGACUGUUGGGACAGUUAUUGGUCAUGCAAGUUCCGAUGAACAACAAGUCCAAAUGCAAGAUGGCUUGCUAGAGCUAUUGAUUGCAUACCAAGUUAUUCAUCGACUGCGGGAUCUUUUUGCACUUUAUGACAGGCCACAGGUGGAAGGAUCACCAUUUCCUUCUUCUAUUCUCUUGAGUAUACAUCUGUUGGUGGCUCUAACAUACAGACCUGGAACCAAUAGUUCCAUUAAUUGGGAAUCUUCUCCAGUCAAGACAGUGCUGAGAUUUGAAAAUCAAGAGGCCAAGCCCGUAGAAAAUGCUGAUUUUCAGUAUUCCUCAGCAGUUAUGACUUCUGAAGAUUAUAGACCUCCACUAUUUGUACUAAAUUGUAGCACAGUUGUAUCACCUCCAAAUGUGUCAGAUGAUAUACAGAUAGAUGAGUCCUGUAAUAUAAAUGAAAUUAAGGAGUCAGUAUCCCUUAGCAAAGAUGGUGAACAGAAGCCACAUAGUUCUGUUGAGUUGAAUAUCGUCAACACAAACACAAGAGAUGGUCAAGAUGAAGCUCAGAAAAAUCUGAUUGAGGAGAAGGAUGUGAAACAGUUUGUCAGUGAUUGUGCAGAGCACAAGAAUAAUGUCAUGUUGAACAUGAAGGAACCGGUAGCUUUUCUCCUUUCUGCCAUAUCUGAAACUGGACUAGUCAGUCUUCCUUCUCUGUUGACAGCUGUGCUUCUUCAGGCAAACAACAGAUUAACCUCGGAACAGGGCUCAUAUAUCCUUCCAUCUAAUUUUGAAGAGGUGGCAACUGGGGUGCUGAAGGUUUUGAAUAAUUUGGCCCUUUUAGAUAUUGUAUUUAUGCAGAGAAUGCUGGCUAGGCCAGACCUGAAAAUGGAAUUUUUUCAUUUGAUGAGUUUUCUUCUUUCUCAUUGCACCAGCAAAUGGAAAGUAGCUAAUGACCAGGUUGGGUUUCUUCUGCUUGAAUGUCUUUCGCUUCUUGGUUAUUUUGCCUUGUUCCACUCUGAGAAUCAAGCUGUUCUUCGAUGGGGAAAAAGUCCCACCAUACUUCACAAGAUAUGCGAUCUGCCAUUUGUGUUCUUCAGUGACACCGAGCUGAUACCAGUUUUGGCCGGCGCACUAGUUGCUGCCUGCUACGGGUGUGAACAGAACAAAUGUGUGGUUCAGCAAGAAUUGAGCAUGGAUAUGCUAGUUUCGUUGUUACAAUCUUGUAGAAAUGUUUCGCCAGCAAUGCGAACCAAUCCAAUUGUAGAAAAUCUGCCAACAGAAGAUGCAAAUGAAAGUAAUCAGCAGAUUUCUGAACUUAAAAAAUCAUCUCAAGGGGACAUUCUUCAAAGAUCCAACCGGUACAAUUCUAGAAGCAUGCGGGUCUCAACGGGGAAAGCUGGUACUUUUGGAAACAGCAUCAGAGGUGGCAAGAUGAGAAGCCAGAGAGAUGGCAAAACAACAAAAACUAGUGAAGAAAUGGCUUUGAAACACAAUCCAGUAGCUCCUCAAACUUCCAUGAUGCUGCAUUGUAGAUUCCCUAGCAGCUUCAUGGACAGGGCAGAGCAAUUUUUUACAGCAGGGAUGACCAACGUGGCAGAUGAAGUUUGAUGAAACUAUGGGAGCACUACUGGCAUUUGUCGUCUUUGAAGCACCCGGUGAUAAGUUAUGAAGCGAAAACAUACUUUUGUAUCAGAAAAUGUGGCUGGCAGAGCGGUCAGAAACCCAAAAAAAAAAAACACGAUCAGCUGACCUGUGUCUUCUAGGGCAUGAGUUGUUAUCAGAGUAUCCAUCUGUUUCUAACAGAAGGCCGAGGCUUGACAAAAAGCCAGAUAUAUUUAUUAAUGUAAAAUCACACUUUUUUAUAUAUAUAGUAGUAGUUUCAUCAUAGAAGCUGCAUGCCAAGUUUCGUGAGAUGUAUGAAUCAUAAUAAUUGAUCUGCAAUAUCACUGGCUCACGGAACGGGUUGUUGUAUCA